AUGAAGCUGUUCCUUUUCCUCUGUACAUUACCAUCAACCUGUUGGGCCGCGUUUGCGCAGGCGGAUAAGGACGAGAUACUCGAUGUCCAUAACAGCAUGCGAUCCCGAAUUGCCCUCGGCCUCUACACCGCCAAGUCCAAGACUUUCCCAGCAGCUGCGGAUAUGACGAAAAUGAAAUGGGACUCCGGCCUCGAAUCACAAGCUCAAAACUGGGCAAACCGAUGCCAAUUUGCGCAUUCCGGCACCAACGGAGUUGGCGAGAAUAUCUACAUGGCCUCUAGCUCGAACACACUACCGAUUCGUGGUCAAGGAAAAGCCGCCAGCAACGCGUGGGAGAAGGAAUUUCCGGACAAAGGCUGGCCCGGAGUGCCGUAUUUCGAUAUGAACGUUUUUAAUAGCGGAAUUGGGCAUGCAACGCAGAUGGCCUGGGCGUCCUCGAGUAAAAUCGGAUGUGGUGCCACGCAAUGUCAGAACGGAAAAUCGGUGUUCGUCGUGUGUCAGUAUAGCAAGCAAGGAAAUUACCUGAAUCAAAACGCUUACUCUGCCGGCACGAGAUGCUCAAAGUGCCCAAGCGGAACGAGCUGCGAUUCUCGACUGGGACUUUGCCAA